AUGCCUCGCAGAAGCAGAGCUGCAAUUUUGCCAACAAAUAUUGCAUUACUUCAGAACUUGGUUCGCCGAGAUCCAGAAUCAUAUAAAGAAGAAUUUGAUCAGCAAUACUCUCAUUAUGAAUCGCUAAGAGACAUCUUUCUGUUAAGUCCUUCUGCUGAUGAAGGAGAGGAAUUUGGAGAGCUAAUCGGAUUUGUUUCUGCAGUUUGUCCAUCCUUCGCGAAGGAGACUGCCACUUUCCCACAGGAAUUGAGUACCAUUAUUACCAAGAAUCAUGGAGAGCUUUCCCCAGAGUUGAAACAGAAGAUCGUUCAAUGCCUUGUGAUGCUUAGAAGCAGAGGAGUCAUUACUCCUGAAGUUUUGCUACGUACAUUAUUCCCACUCUUGUUCUCCUACAGUCCUAAUUCAGAAAAUGGUAUUGGAUAUCAUGCAAAGGAACUCCGACGUCAGAUCUAUUCUGCUUUAAUAUCUCUAUUGAAGUCGUGUAAUACCGGAUCGAAAAACCAGAAGUUGAAUCGUGCCACCCAGGCUCUUUUGUUUAACCUUUUAGAUCAAAAAGAUGGUAAUGGUUUGUGGGCCACGAAGCUUACCAGAGAACUUUGGAGGCGAGGUAUUUGGGAUGAUUCCAGAACUGUUGAAAUCAUGACACAGGCCUGUCUUCAUCCAGACACUAAGGUGGUCAUAUCUGGUGUGAAGUUUUUUUUAGGAGCAGAUAAAGAGCGUGAAGAAGCUCUUGAAGAAGAGGACGAAGAAGACGAAGAUACCGUUGAUGCAAAUUCACUGAAGCAUAAGAUGAAAGUGAACAAGAAGAAUACACGUAAGGGUAAGAAGCUAGUGGCUGCCAUUCAUCAAAUUAACAAGAAGAACGAGACUAAGCGUGAUCCUUCCUUGUUGAACUUUUCCGCCAUUCAACUUCUAAGAGAUCCUCAGCAGUUUGCCGAAAGAAUGUUUGAGACCCACCUUGCAGGUAAGAAUUCCAAGAAAUUUACGGUGGAUCAAAGAAUUGCCAUUAUGAAGCUUAUUUCUCGACUAGUUGGUACGCAUAAAUUGUCGGUUUUGGGGCUUUAUUCGCAUUUUUUGAAGUACCUCAAUCCUAAACAGAAGAAUGUGACGCAUAUCCUUGCAUCUGCUGCCCAGGCUAGUCAUGAUUUGGUGCCACCAGAGACAAUUAACAUGGUUGUUAGAAAAAUAGCCGAUGAGUUUGUUACAGAUGGAGUAGCUUCCGAAGUGGCUGCUACUGGAAUUAACUCUAUUAGAGAAAUCUUAGCAAGAAAUCCUGCAGGAAUAGAUCAACCUCUUUUGCAAGAUCUCACUGCUUAUAAGGGAUCUAAAUCUAAGGCUGUCAUGAUGGCUUCCAGAUCAUUAAUUUCCCUAUAUAGAGAAGUUGCUCCUGAAAUGUUGGCCAAGAAGGACAGAGGUAAAAUCGCCACUAUGGGGCUAAUGCAUAGUGACGAUAAGAGAGGUCUUCCACAGUAUGGUGUGGAGAGAGAUGUGACUAAGGGUAUUCCGGGUUUGGAGAGAUUUGCUGAGUGGAAAAAAGAGCAAGGAUUGUUAGAUAAAGAAGGAGAAGAUGAGAAAGCAGAGGGUUGGGAGCAGCCUAGCGGCGACGAAGAGGACCUUGGUGCUGAUAUUGAAGGAAAUUGGGUUGAUGUUAAGUCAGAUGAAGAUCUUAUCAUUGAUGAUGGAAAUGAAGAUGAAUCCAAUAUCCCAAAGGAAAAGAACGGUAUUAAAAAGAAGUAUCUGAAGUAUAUGGUGAAAAGCAAAAGCAGAAAGAAGCGUGAAUUAGAGGAAGAGGAUUCUGAUUUGGACUUGUCCGAUGAUCAGAGUGUUUCUGUGACAGAUAAACACACGAAGAAGAGGCAAAGGCGGCUAAAUCAGGAUAUGGUGAACAAAGAGAAUCACGAAAAGAUGAUUCAGGAUGUUCUUUCUAGGAAUGUUAUGACUCCUGCCGACUUCGAUAAAUUGAAGGAGUUGAACGAGAAGGCUGGUGUUGAGAAGUAUUUGGGAACCAAGAAAGUUAAUGAAGAUGUCGUUGACUCUGAUUCCUUGGUUGGAUAUGUUAGGCACAAACAGAACAAGGAAGAAAGGAUCAAAUCGAUUAUGGGUGGAAGAGAGGGAAGAGAGAAGUUUGGUUCCGCCAAAGGAAAAAUUGACAGGCCACAUUCAAGUACUAAUAAGCAGAAGCAAAGAAAGAAGAACUUUAUGAUGGUGGUUCACACAAGGGGAGUACAGGGUAAGAAGAAGAUGAGUCUUAGGGACAAGCAAAAGGUUUUAAGGGCGCAUGUUGAUAGACAGAAGAAGGGGAAAUGA